AUGAAUCACCCGGGCAACGACUCCUCCACCACUUUCCUAGACCCGAAAACCGCCUCUAAAUAUUUGUCGGAAUAUGAGACGCCCGACGGAUUAUCGGCUGAGGAAAUUAUGAACUUGCGUGCUAACGGCGGUUUGACCUAUAAUGACUUUCUCAUUUUGCCAGGACACAUCGAUUUUCCACCUUCUGAAGUAUGCCUGGAGUCCAGGAUCACAAGAAACAUUGUGUUGAAGACUCCCUUCAUGAGUUCACCUAUGGACACUGUGACCGAGACUGAUAUGGCUAUAAACAUGGCCUUGCUGGGGGGUGUGGGAGUGAUUCACCACAAUUGCUCUUCCGACGAACAAGCCGAGAUGGUACGGAAGGUGAAAAAAUUUGAGAAUGGGUUCAUUCCCGAUCCCUUAUGCUUAACUCCCAACCAUACCGUGGCUGAUGUGCACAAGAUUAAAGCCAAAUUUGGCUAUAGCGGCAUACCAAUCACAGCAAAUGGGAGGUUGUAUAGUAUGCUUCUGGGUAUCGUCACCGCUCGCGACAUUCAAUUCCACGAAGAUCAUACCACGUUGCUCAAAGAUGUCAUGACGACCGACUUGGUUGUUGCACAUGAAGGCGUCACACUUGAAGAGGCCAAUCAAAUACUUCGAUCUAGCAAGCGUGGGAAAUUGCCGAUCGUUAAUUCUCGUGGUGAACUGGUUUCGUUAUUGUCCAGGUCUGACUUAUUAAAGAAUCUUAAUUUUCCAUUGGCAUCCAAGUCUCUUCAUUCAAAUCAAUUGCUCUGUGCCGCGGCCGUCGGGACUCACCCUGAUGACCGAGUCAGACUUCAAAAAUUGGUUGAUGCUGGGUUGGACAUAGUGGUGUUGGAUUCUAGUCAAGGAGAUUCAAUUUAUCAAAUUGAGAUGAUAAAGCAUAUUAAAAAAACCUAUGGUGACACGCUUGAAAUCAUUGCUGGAAACAUUGUCACAAGGGAGCAAGCCGCUUCGUUAAUCGAAGCAGGCGCCGAUGCACUGCGCGUUGGCAUGGGAAGCGGGAGCAUAUGUAUCACCCAAGAAGGUCGCCCUCAGGGCACCGCCGUAUAUAAGAUUUCCGAAUUCGCGCAAAAGUUCGGCAUCCCCGUCAUCGCCGACGGUGGGAUCCAAAAUGUUGGCCACAUCACGAAAGCGUUGGCACUUGGCGCGUCCGCUGUGAUGAUGGGCGGACUGUUGGCUGGCACCGCCGAGUCUCCCGGUGAUUAUUUCUAUCACGAUGGCCAAAGGUUAAAAAAGUAUCGUGGGAUGGGCUCGAUAGAUGCCAUGGAGCGUAAUUGCAAUUUCCGUGAUUCAUCCGAGAGCGCGGCUGCAAGAAGAUAUUUCUCUGAGAGGGAUGCCGUUAAAGUUGCCCAAGGCGUCGCCGGUGCAGUUGUCGAUAAAGGCAGUAUUCGAAAAUUCGUGCCAUAUUUGAUUUCUGGGUUGCAACAUGCGCUACAAGACAUUGGAGUAAAGAGUUUGAUUCAGCUGAAGAAUGAAGUGGGGUCUGGUAAAAUUAGGUUCGAGCUGAGAACCGCCGCUGCCCAAGUUGAGGGUGGCGUGCAUGGAUUAUAUUCGUAA